AUGUCCUCGAUACAGCCUAAUUCGAAUACGCCGAACUUGACUUACUCAAGGGGCACAACUUCCAAGUCUUAUCCUGAGAAAGAUGGCACCCUAGCGUCAAGCCCUGCUAAGACCGAGAAGCCUCUGGCGGCUUCCCAGCUGCUUCUCGACGCCUUCAAGGACGUCAGGCAGCUCGUAAGGCUUAUUCAAUGUCAAGUUUGUUCUAAAAUAUUGCGAGAGCCAACAACCUUACCCUGUGGUCAUAGUCUCUGCAAGCUAUGUGUGCCUCAGACGCAUAUCCGACCUAAUAUAUCAUGGCCCGCAACGGCCAACCGGCUUCGUGGUUUUGAAUGUCCUUUCGAUGACUGCAAAAAGGAGCACGCGCUUGGAGAUUGCGCUGUUGACAUCACCUUGAACAAAGUACUGACCACCAUACAAUCGAUUAUGGAGUUGGAUCGAGGUGUUACAGGUCUCUCUCAUGUUUCCACGAGCAUUACAGUUCAGGAUCACUGGGAUAUCGCGGGAAUUCCCUCGCUUGCCAACAAGACAGAUGAACCCUCCAUAUUGAAAGGGGCCCGCAUUGUUGCAACAUAUACGCUAGCAGAACAGGGCAAACUAGAUUAUGGGAGCGAAGUAUCCUAUUACUCUAUAGGUGUAGGGGACGAUGAGGCGGAGCAGAUCGAUACUACGAUGUUGGCGCGGUUGAAAGAAUCCGUUAGACCGGAAAUGGAUUGUCAGGUCUGUUACGCCUUGUUCUUGGAUCCCUUAACGACCACUUGCGGCCACACGUUCUGUCGGAGCUGCCUCCACCGCAUUUUGGACCACUCAGAUCUCUGCGCCAUCUGCAGACGCCCCUUGUCGAUACAGGCUCAGGUUAACCGGCAAUCCUAUCCUUCUAACGAUCGACUCUGCAAAAUGAUUAACGGAUUCUGGGCCGAUCUUGUAGACCUUCGAGCGCAGACGUAUGCGCUAGAACAACAGGCAAACCAGGAUGGGUUCGACAUCCCGCUCUUCGUCUGCACGCUUUCAUAUCCGCGCAUGCCCACGUUUCUCCACGUUUUCGAGCCACGAUACCGCUUAAUGAUCCGGCGGGUCAUGGAGGGCAAUCGGACAUUCGGUAUGGUGCUCGCCAACCCAUCUCGUGCACCUGGAGAGCCUGAAUUUUUGGAGAUUGGAACGUUACUGCGAAUAGUCAAUAUCGAAUCUUUCGCAGAUGGGCGGAGCCUCAUAGAAACGGUUGGCGUCUCUCGCUUUCGGGUGACCAGACACGGGUGGUUAGAUGGGUAUAUUGUUGGUAAUAUCGAGAAGAUCGACGACAUAAGCGUAGCGGAAGAAGAAGCUAUAGAAGCAGAAGAAACAAUGCGUUCUUGCGGCGUAAGAGAGUUAGCAACAGCGCCACCAAGUCCCGAGCCCUCGCAUCCAGAACAUGCCGUACCCAUUCGCUCCCGACCGGUAUUAAUAUCGCUGGACGAUAUAGAGACGAUGUCGACUAGAGAGCUAGUCGAGGUCGGAGUAGACUUUGCUAGAAGGGUGAGGGCACAGAGCGUUGCGUGGUUGAAUUCUCGAAUUCUGUCCAUCUACGGCGAAUGCCCUGCAGACCCAACCCUUUUCCCCUGGUGGCUGGCCAGCAUCCUGCCGGUUAAUGAAGAGGAAAAGUAUAAGCUCCUAGGCACUUUGAGCGUCGGCACAGGCAACGUCUCCGUCGCGGAAGAAGUCGCCGAGGUGCAGAAGCUGCUCGCGGCGAGCGGACUCACGUACACGAUGCAUUCCGCGGGGACGACCGUCGAGGGAUCGUGGGACGAGGUCAUGAAAGUCAUCGGACAGGCCCACAGCGUAGUUCAUUCCAAAGGCGUUGUGCGCGUGCAGUCGUCCAUGAGGGUUGGUACUAGGACGGACAAGAAGCAGACGGCAGCGGACAAAGUCAAGCGUGUCGAGGACCUAUUGGCUAAGCAAGCUCCAAGCUCGUGAGCACCAACGAUUAUUAGCUUUGACGCGAGAGUCAGCUGUUCCUUAUAGCUUAGAGAAAAGGUUAUAAGCCGUGAUGAAUAAACCGACUUUCAACUUUCAUACAUUUAUUAUUCAAACACAGGUUGCUGGCGUACAUCUGACAUAUUCCACGUCGGACAUCUUCCCACUAGGUACCUAUACAAGUCGAGUAUUAAUUACUUGGUCCGGCAAUAAUAUCAGAAUCUGCCGCGAUUACUAUGUGUUUGCUUCUCUCCACCCGGCAGCUGUCCCCUCCGCUUGUGGGAGUUAUGGACGCCUGCAUUUCGUCGUGGCGGCCUGAUCGCGCGUGAGGAAGCCUACUACGCGCGAACAGUCUGCUUUCUUGAAGACUUGCGUAAUUCCUUCUCCCUCUCCUUCUCGAGGUACUUCUUCUGCGCCUUCGCAUCCAGAGCAUUAAGCUCAGCGUCGCGCUUGGCCUUCCUCGCCCUGUCACGCUCAGCCUGUCGUUCCUCGGCCUUCUCCUCUUCAGCUGCCUUCUGGAUCUGCUUGAUGGUCUCGUCGCGGACAACCUUGAUCUUGCGUAGAAUUUC